UAACUGGGGCCUGAGUUUUGUUGGUGACAAGACAACUUGGGCAAGUCAUUUGUGCUCCCUGAGCCUGUUUCCUCAUCUGUAAAUAUGGGCACAGAUAUCAGUUCCUAUCUCCCCUCAUCACAGGAUCAAAGGUGUGGGUGAAAGUGAUAAAAAAAUGUUAAAGUGUCACAUAAAGACCUGACAAUGGGACAUUGUUGUGGGGGGAGAGGACCUCCCCCAAGUACAGGGUUGCUGGCUUUGGGGAUCAAUCACCAGCAGUAUUUGGAGCGUCAGGCAAUUUGAUGACGGUGGGACCAUCUCUGGUUCCUGUAAGCCCCUCUACUAGCUUAGUCACCUGGAGUGAGUCUCUCAACCUGACUGCCUCAGAAGGCGGAGAUCAGCUCUGUAGCUCCUGGCACAAGUAAGCAAAGAUUAACAACAGCCCCCACUUAUGAAGGGUUACUGUGUCUAGCGCCUGAAACUGAUUAUCUCGUUCAAUCCACACGGCAACCUGAAGAGGCGGGUACUACAGUAUAGUAUGGCCAGUACCAAAGAAGAAAGAGCCUCAGGGAGGUUAAGAGAGAGUCCAGGAUCGUGCAGCCCCACUGGGGUUGGAGUCGGGAGCCUUGAAUCAGAGUCUGCGCCGUCAGCUACUCGGAGCUGUCUUUCUCGGAGCCCGCCGCGGGAGGGGGUCAGCACGCGCUCCCCUGGGCAGGGCGGGCGGGCGGCGGGCAAGCACAGGGGGGAGAGCCGAGGCCCGCAGCCCGCGUGGCCACCGAACCUGAGCAGCUCCGCAGAACCGCCCGACGACUGCGUCCUGGCAUACCCGCCCCCUUCCCGGCCAGCGCGCCGACGUUCCGCUGCGCCCCGCGCAACCGGAAGUGGUCGGACCCUAGGCGGAGGGACCUGGCGGAGCGGAAGUCACUCCGUGAGGCAGUGGCGACGGCGGCGGCGAGAGGAUGAACAACAAGUUCGACGCAUUGAAAGAUGACGACAGUGGGGACCAUGAUCAGAAUGAAGAAAACAGCACACAGAAAGAUGGUGAGAAGGAAAAAACGGAACGAGACAAGAGUCAGAGCAGCGGCAAGAGGAAGGCUGUUGUCCCUGGGCCAGCGGAGCACCCCCUGCAGUAUAACUACACUUUCUGGUACUCCAGGAGAACCCCUGGCCGUCCCACCAGCUCACAGAGCUACGAACAGAAUAUCAAACAGAUUGGCACCUUUGCCUCUGUGGAGCAGUUCUGGAGGUUUUACAGCCACAUGGUACGUCCCGGGGACCUGACAGGCCACAGUGACUUCCAUCUCUUCAAAGAAGGAAUUAAACCCAUGUGGGAGGAUGAUGCAAAUAAAAAUGGUGGCAAGUGGAUUAUUCGGCUGCGGAAGGGCUUGGCAUCCCGUUGCUGGGAGAAUCUCAUCCUGGCCAUGUUGGGGGAACAGUUCAUGGUUGGGGAGGAGAUCUGUGGGGCUGUGGUCUCUGUCCGGUUUCAGGAGGACAUUAUUUCAAUAUGGAAUAAGACUGCCAGCGACCAAGCCACCACAGCCCGCAUCCGGGAUACGCUUCGGCGAGUGCUUAACCUACCUCCCAACACCAUUAUGGAAUACAAAACCCACACCGACAGCAUCAAGGCCUGGGAGGAGUUUCAUGGCCUGGUGAACAGCAGCGGCCGCUGAUCGGACGCUCCCCCUCUGUCUCUCACACUCAGGGGACAAUUCAAGCUUUCGAAAUACAAAAAUCACAUUGUGAAAGUACACAAGCUGGCAAUAAUCCUUUUCUGUGUGUGUGUGUUUGUCCGAAGCGGACGGGAGGCCUCCGGCUGGCCCUUCCACCUGCUCACGGAGGGGCCGUCCCCGAGCCUUGUGCUCCCCUUUUGCACUCAUUCCUGGAGGACGGAUUCCGCUAGACACCCUCCAGCAUCGCUGACUUUAUAAAGCGGAAAAAAUGGAAAACGUGACUUUGUAAUAGACAAACUUUUUUUUUAAUGGGGUUCUGUUGGGGGAGUUCAGCCUUUCCUUUUUCUGUGUGCUGUCCAGAUGCCUCCCGGGCACCCUGUCGUGCUCUCCUCUGCUGUACGAAGGGCGUCGUGACCACGUGUACAAGCCAGAGCUGUCGACUGAGCGUGAUCAGUAUUAUGAAUGUCUGUGCAUCCAGGAAAAGCUUUUUGUUGGAGAGUCCCGGAAUAGCUAUAAAUGCUGUCUUCUAGAUCUGCCAUUAAAUUAUUGGGACAUUUUGUUUAUUUCACGCCCCUCUUCCCCCAAGCCCACCACUUUCGGAAGAUGUGUUACUGAUUUUGUAUUGUCUCCUGCCUUAUGCCCUCCAGUCUUCCCUCCUGUGGGACGCUUUCCUUUUAGGCACUGCUGCACGUAGAAGUUUAAUCCAGUGGGCUACACUGGUUUCACUAAGGCGGCUUAGAAGGUAUGACUUCAUAAAUUAAACCGGAGCAGAAUCCAGUUUCAUGAGGAGCUAGGUUAUAAUAGAGGUUCCAAGUACAGGAUUAGGAGCUGAGGGCAGUUUCUGAAACCGUUUUCCCAGAUGAGCAGGGCCUGUGUGUCCAGCCUGUUUCUGUGGGUUCUUGCAUGCCUCUGAUUGAGGAAGGGAAGCAAAAGCUGGUCGUUGCCAGGUAUUAACACAAUAUGGUGAAUUCUAUGAUCCAGAAACUGGGACACCUGAAGAAAAGGUGACCACGAUGGAUGGCUUUCUGUGCAUGGCUGUACCUGUCUGCAGUGGUUGGAGAAAUGUGCUCUCAGUCCUCAUCACCCAGUGUACGUGUUAGCAGAUGUGUGCCGAUCCAGGAUGCCCGGACAGAAACCUUGCAGCUGCUGCAGGCAGGCUCUAAAAAUGGGCAGGCACACAUCAGAGAAGCUGGGUGAUCUGACUCCAGAAGGACUGAAAUCAGAGAGGUCAAAGAGCACCUAGGGUUGAAGUAAGUACCGAGGACCAGUCCUGCGGCAACCUCCAAGGAGCGCUGUCUUACUUGGCUCUUGUGAGCAGAGAUCGCAGUACCUUAAAUUAAGGCCUCUCCUAAAACCUAUCCUUGCAGGCCAGGGGGCCUUAGCCACCUGGUCUCAGAGAAAUCAUGAGAGUAACAGGCAUUUCCUUAUUGUAUUUAUAUUACUGUCUUCCUACUUUCCAACUCCUGAACACCCUGGAAUUACCACUGUCUUGGGAUGUUUUUUCCUAAAAGAACAGGGGAGUAUAGAGCCAAAAGGGAGGUGCUUCCAUUACAGGUGAAGUUAGAUCAGAUAAGAUCUAGCAGUGACUUAAACUCCAGGAAUGUGAAGAAUAAAUUCUAGUGCCCAUACAGUUGAGAAGGGCUCCGACAGAUACAGGAGCAACAUUGGCUACAAUGGGGAGCAAAGGCUGCCUUCCGAGUUUAGACCCAGGGAGGUCUUCACUUUUGCCUAAACUCAGAUUCACCAUGAAAAUUCCAAAGAGAGCAGAUGUUUGGAUUUGCCCUCCUUUGGGCAUCUGCCUGACUAUGAUUAGUGUGUGAGUGUGGGUGCAUAUGUGUAUAACGUGUUCAUGAGUGAGGGUUUCGUUAGGCCGAGUGCUAUGGUGUAUUGUCUGUAUUUGUGUGUACUUUUUUUUUUUUUUGAUCUCAUUUGUUCAGAUUUUUUAAUCUCUUGUGUUUUCUAGAGCUGCUCAUGCCUCCCCCCCCAACCUUUUCUUUGCAGUAUUCAAAAGUUAUUUUUUUCGCAUCAAACACAUGCUGGCUAGAACAAGAGUUAUUUCUGCUAGGCAGCAUCUUACCCCCAGAGCUCUCCAGAUCUGCCUAACAGCUUUAAAUAGGGGAUUGAAGAGUCAGUUUUUCCAAACCACCUGUUUUCUACGUUAGCUUGCGAGGUCUUUUCAAUUCUUUUUGACUCCAUGCGCCUCUGCUACACUGAGAUAGGACACAGUUACGGUUACGGUAUCACCAGUUCUAGAGACGAAGGGGAAAAGGUGCACCAGAGCCAACCUAGCAGACGUGUCAGGUUGCUGCUGGGAGGUGGGGCGUCACUGUCCCCUUUGCGCAGGCAGGCUGUUUCCAGGACCCCUCAGAAACUGGUCCCCACUCCUCUCCAGGGCUCUUCUCAUCUUAUCCCUCUAUUCACGUGUGUGUGUGUGUGUGUUUCCCUGUGACAUUGGCAGUGACAAUAAUUUUCCACCCAGAGAGAAGCUUGUGGUCCACGAUGCUCCCAGAAUGAAUUUCCAGGUAUUAGCCAGUGGAGGAGCAGAGUCUGUGACAAGAGUGAGUCAGUGUUGCACUUUCAGAGCAAUUGUCUACUGCAGUAAUAAAUGGAGAAUAUC